AUGAAAAACCUCUUCCUUGCCACCGUUCUUGCUCUCCUCGCAGCAGCAUGCUUGGUCUCUGCCCAAUCUCAUCUCGACAAACCAGUCCACGAUGCCUUCCUCAUCGAACGUAUCAAUCGUGAUUCCAGCGUUGGUUGGACCGCCACCAAAUAUGCCAAAUUCAGCGACAUGAGUCUCCGUGAUGCUCGUAAAAUGUUGGGUACCGUUCUCAUUGAUCCAGUGCAUAAUCUUCCAAAGAAGAGUGUCUUGAGUGCUCGUGCUCCAGCUCAAUCCUUUGAUGCUCGUACCAAAUGGGGUAAAUGUGUCCAUGCCAUUCGUGAUCAACAACAAUGUGGUUCCUGCUGGGCUUUCUCUGCCUCUGAAGUCUUGAGUGAUCGUUUCUGUAUUGCUUCCAAUGGAACUAUUGAUGUCAUCUUGUCUCCUGAAUACAUGCUUCAAUGUGAUACUUCUGACUAUGGUUGUGAUGGUGGUUAUUUGAACAAUGCUUGGAAUUUCUUGGCUACUACUGGUAUUCCAACUGAUAAUUGUGAUCCAUACACUUCUGGAGGUGGUGAUGUUGGAAGCUGUCCAACUGCAUGCAACAAUGGUGCAGCAAUCAAAUUGUACAAGGCCAAGAAUCCACAACAAUUGAAUACUAUUACUGACAUUCAAAAUGAUUUGCAACAAAAUGGACCAGUGCAAGCUGCCUUCUCAGUCUAUCAAGAUUUCUUUUCAUACAAGAGUGGUGUUUAUAGACACGUGAGUGGAUCAUUGGCUGGUGGUCACGCCAUCAAGAUUGUUGGUUGGGGAGUUACUUCUGACGGACAUAAUACUCCAUAUUGGAUUGUUGCCAACUCGUGGGGAGUUGACUGGGGUUUGGAUGGAUUCUUCUGGAUUUUGAGAGGAAAGGAUGAAUGUGGAAUAGAAGACAAUGUUUGGAGUUCAGGAGUUUUACUUUAA